AUGUCCAACUUGAACGAAGAGUACGGUCCGGAAGACAUGGCCUGGGUCGCGGCCGAUGCUCAGAUGAGGGAAGAACAAGAUCUGAAUCGUGCCCUUGAAGCAAGUCGAGCUUCCGCGGGAAUCGGGGUACCACCGCGUCCAACGAGCGCUAGGGUCACAAGACAAUUCGAGGCGGAGGACGAGGAGAUUCUUGUUGCGCUCGACAUUAGCCGGAUAGAAGCAGAAGACGCGGCCCAGAGACGCAAUACAGACGCGGAGGCGGAUCAACAACGCCUUCUCGAGGCUCAAAGACAGUCGGAGCUCGAAGCACGAGCUGCCGAUCAAGAACGCGAGCAUACUUUUGUUGCGCUGUCCAUCAGCCAGGUAGAGGCAGAGGAGGCGGAUCGGAGACGCAAUGCAGAUGCAGAGGCGGACCAACAACGCCUUCUCGAAGCUCAAAGGCAGUCGGGGCGUGAAGCACUAGCCGCUGAUCAAGAACGUGAAGCUACUCGCAAAGCUGAACUACAGUCUCUGAAAGAUGAGCGUGCUCGGGCUCAAGAUGCACGAUUACGCCAAGAGGCCUUGGAUCAGGCCAUCGUCGAGAGCAAAGUGGCUGCCGAGACUGAGCAGCAGCAUUAUGAACAAGAAUCUGCGCGCCUUCAGGAGGCAUACAGUUUGCGCGGCCUGAGUGAAGAAGAGCAGCUGCAGAUGGCGAUAAGCCAGAGUCAAGACGCAGAGCAUUCUCGUGAAGUUGCACAGGUCGGGCAACUUCGAGAGGAUAUGCUACGCUGCGUAAACGAGCAAGGACAAACUUCUGCACCAUCAGGCGAGCCAUCGGCUACCCAGCAUCCAGAAGACCUCCCAGUGUUGGGGGCCAUGGCGUCCUACCCCCCGGGUCCAGUCACUGAGCAGGAACAAAGGAGUGUGGCCGACGCUCAGGAGGCCAUUGACAAUCCGAAUAUACUCUAUCGGCCUUUGACACCGAUCUCAGAGGCAUCUGCAUCGCGACCGCCAAGUCUGCGAUCAGCGACACAUUCCCGAGCCCAAAUCCCUGGCCGUACCGUCGCCACACACACGAUGGAUUACAACAGGGUGGGUGCGAUGCUUUUACACCCGCUGGGCGGAAUUCCUACGCCACCGGCCUCCGAAAGAAGCAGAUCGUCCAUCCGAUCGGUCUCCUCAGGCCGUCCACCGUCGUAUCAGACGAUAGAAGAGAACUCUGCGCGGAGAGUGGAGUCGUUUGAGGCACCCCACGAUGUCCCGAACGAGUCGCAGCCCAGCGAAGAGCCUCCUCGAUAUCCCGGCGCUUAUCCUCCGUCUCCUUCCCAGACCGGUUCGGCGGCUGCUAGUACGGUGCUGGAUUCAAGGCCCAUCGCUGGGACGCCCUUACUUCCAGGAGCAUACCCCCCUUCGUACGCGAGCAGUAGAGCACCUCGCAGCGAGGCGAGAGUAUUCUCUGAGACGCCUGUGCAAGAAAGUGUUGUGUCUCGACGCCCGUUGGGUAACAGGGGAUCCAGCAUUGUGUCUAUGCGAAGCGAAUCGUUCUCUGGCGCAUACCCGCCAUCAUCGCAAGCAAGUGGUGUACCGAGUCGACCGGAUACGGUUUCAUCCGGAGGGACGUUCUUCACAGCCCAGGAAACGCAGCCACCGCCGCGCCAAGCAAGACCACAGGUCACUCUCUCCGAUCUCUGGAAUCAUCGGGACCGAGAUAGCUACCAGCGGGAAGAACCAAAACCUCGUCCGCUCACACCCGUAUCGUCAUCUACAGAUUCAAGCGAAGCUUCAUCUGCUAUUCGACCACCGUCGUCUCGCACGUCUCAGGGGAGUGUUGCGCGUAAACCUGUUGCAAGAUCUCAGCACGCUACUUCCGUUGCUGCUGAGCACCCAGAGCCAGCUACUGCCGCCGAUGCUGUCAGUUCGUCGGACGUGAUCUCGUCUGGCUUGCGGCAGGACCCAAUGACGAACAUAUUCAACGGUCCGGUCAGUGUGGUCAUCAACAACUUUCCCGAAGAGCCCAAGCCUUCCCAGAAUUUAUUGAAGCAAGUCUUAAAUAAGGGCCGGCAGACUAACAAGGGCAUGAAAGCUUUUGAGCAGAAAGGGGCAGGACUUUACUUGAACGGUGUAGCUCAAGCGACAAGCAACCUUUGGAAGAACAAGAGGAAGAUAUUUCCUGCCAGGUCUUCCAAAUCAGCUGGAAAUGCUGUGAACAACGAAGCGAGGGAAAUUGACCAUUUUCCUGUUUCCCUAGCUCAUGACGACGUGGGUACUAUCGCCAGUCCCUGGCCUGCGAGACAGCGUCUGCACGUCGUGAAUGCAGACCCAACGCGCUCGGGCUUGAGCACACCUGAAACUGCAAGGUCGCUGCAAUCAGAGAUGCCCGGACAGCAGAGUGAAGAGGUCGCCACUCCUCGACCAUCUACAUCGCAGCGGUCGGUGACGUCACCUCCGCUGACAGCAACGAUACCGUCGAGGUCAAUGUCGCUGGAUCAAUCGACUGUGUCCCAGAUCUCGGACGUGAACGGUAAUGCCGUGACUCCGCCUAGUGUCUGUCAAUCGAGGGUGAGAAGCUCGAUGGAUAGUUUCCGGUGCGCUUCCGAAUUGCGCCCUCAGCCGCUGGAUAUUCGCAAGCAGCCUCCUCCUGUUCCUCCAAAGCCUUUGGAGCUGGCAAGUCCUUCUGCAUGUGUAGCACCAUCGCGACCACCACCGCCUCCUCGCAGCCGGAAUCCGAUGACGAGGCGUAUGCUUGGCGAACAAGAGGAGGCAUCUGGGUGGGUGCAGCAACCAGUGCAUUUUCCUGGCAUGAAUCCGACCCAAGGACCAACGAUGGGCUCACCGGAUUCCAUGACGGUGACACCCCCAACACCUCGUCGGAUCAACGUCGAUCUGAACCGACGCAGUAAUUUUGGACCAAUUGACACGAGCCUAGCGAAUGUGCCGCCUGGUGAACGUCGCAUUGAUGAGUUCAACUCACGAUCAAUGAUGGAUCUGGGUAUGAUGGGCCAAGUAGGCAAUGCUGCGAUAAUGGAGCCACUACGUGGACAGUACGAGCAGACCUAUGCCCGUCCACCGCACGUGCAGCAGGAAAGGCUUAAUUCGGAUGCCAGGGCAAGGAAAAAGGAGAAGGAUACCCAAAAGGCUUUACGGAAGCAGUGUUGA